CACUUCCUGUGAAUCUCUAAUAAAGACGGCCCCGGCGGGAGCUGCGCGGGUCAAUUUUUUGGGUUUGUUCGGUGAAUCCGGCGUCAAUCGGAGCCAUCAGAACCGCAGACAUGACGGUGGGUAAGAGCAGUAAGAUGCUGCAGCACAUUGACUUCAGGAUGAGGUGCAUCCUGCAGGACGGCCGGAUCUUCAUUGGCACCUUUAAGGCCUUUGACAAACACAUGAACCUGAUCCUGUGUGACUGCGACGAGUUCAGGAAAAUCAAGCCGAAGAACUCUAAGCAGCCAGAGCGAGAGGAGAAGAGGGUUUUGGGUUUGGUUCUGCUGAGAGGGGAAAACCUGGUCUCUAUGACGGUGGAGGGCCCGCCCCCUAAAGAUACGGGUAUAGCUCGCGUUCCUUUGGCAGGUGUGGCUGGAGGUCCAGGUGUGGGUCGAGCAGCGGGUCGUGGAGUCCCUGCCGGAGCUCCGAUGCCUCAGGCUCCGGCUGGACUUGCUGGGCCUGUCAGAGGGGUGGGCGGGCCUUCGCAGCAGGUGAUGACUCCACAGGGCAGAGGGACGGUUGCUGCGGCAGCAGCAGGAGCAAGCAUCGCUGGAGCUCCCACACAGUAUCCACCUGGACGAGGAGCCCCGCCCCCAAUGGGCAGAGGAGCACCGCCUCCAGGUAUGAUGGGCCCGCCCCCUGGCAUGCGGCCCCCAAUGGGGCCUCCAAUGGGGAUGCCUCCUGGUCGAGGAGCUCCAAUGGGGAUGCCACCCCCAGGCAUGAGGCCACCGCCCCCUGGCAUGAGAGGACCGCCCCCUCCUGGGAUGAGACCACCCCCCCGGCCCUGAAGAAGCCCCCCCCGGACGAUCGUAUUAGCCGCUGUAUAGAUUUUUUGCUUUGUUUUUUAAAUCUGAUGUUUUGUGGGUUUUUUUUGUUUUUUAAUAAAGUUCCUCAGGUUGGUUUGA